AUGAAUAAUAUUGAUGAUAGUGGUUAUGGAUACUAUUUUGCUGAAUCUUUCAUUUUAUCGAUGUCAAGUUGGCGACGGUCAUUGCUUUCUUGCACGAGACAAUGUGUUAGGCAAAAGUAUAAUCUGUUUGUGCCUUUCACAAAACAAGGUGUCUUGGGGCCAGGAAUAAAGAACGAGUCGCCCAAUGAAAUUACACUGAGUGAUCUGCUCUGUAUCGAAUGCGCUCUGUGA